AUGAUUGGAGCAAGCUUCUAUGCUGGUGGCCUGCUGCUUCGUAUAGUAUAUGCCCAGGAUCCCACCAGCGUAAUGAAAUACGCUUCGAUGAAUUUGAUUAUUCUUCUCUCUCCGUGUGCGUUUAUCGCUGGGGUAUAUAUGUUUCUCGGCCGUCUUGCGUUUCAUUUAAACGCAGUUGAGCACUUGGCUCUCAGCCCGCGCUGGCUGACCAAAAUAUUUGUGACGUCUGAUGUCUUCACGUUCCUUGUUCAAGCCACGGGUGGUGGGCUAACAGCCAUGGACGAUCCCGAGAAACGGGACAUGGGGAAGAAGCUCUUCAUCGGAGGCUUAGUUGCCCAGCUCAUAUCGUUCUUACUCUACACUCUCAUAUUCGUGCUUUUCGUGAAUCGUGUCCGAACUCACAUGAGGGUCGAAUGGGAUAACAGACCCAACGGCCUCAUGGGCCAUUGGCUUGCUCUGGUAAUAUCAAUGGCGGUUAGCUGUGUGGCUAUUAUAAUUCGUUCCGUAUUCCGUGCUCUGGAGACUGCUCAAGGGCGGGAAAGCGCUCUGGCGAGCAAGGAAGGGUAUUUCUAUGUGCUAGAUUGUUUUGUUCUUUGGAUAUCAAUUACUGUUUUUAUCAUCACUUGGCCGCCAAGAUACCUAACAGGCUAUAAUCCGGCUUGGAAAGACAGUCGAGUUGAGCUCACGUCAAGGAAUUAUGGAGCAUAG